AUGUUCGAAUUCCAGGAAAGCAGCGAGUCUUCACAUACAAAUAGCAGAUUUGAAAAUUUGAGAAAGUACCAAGAUUUGAAUUAUGGAGUUGAGAACUUCAAUCCACGACCGUUCGAUUUGUCCACAAUGACACUCGAGAAAGACAUGACCGCAGCAGCCGAGAAAAUGGCCGAGCACUCACAUAACGUUUGGGCCAAAAAGGUAUUCAAUGAUUUGGCAACAAAAGGCGGCAAUAUGCCUAUUCCGCUGGUACCAUGGGAUUUGCUGACAGAUUUUGAACGACGUAAAGAUCGUUUUCGAGCUGCGGAAAUCCUGAAAUUCCUUCAAUAUCACGGCUAUCGCGUUUGCUGAUCAGCGGCAUCGCCACCAAAUCUUACCUAUGGACAUCUCCGUGUGCCGAUCGAAACAUUGGAAACCGACUUCCAUAGGUUAACCGUAUCUGAUAUCAAAAACUCGGUAUCCGAACCUAGAAAUGAGUCAUUCACU